AUGCCGCCUCGCUCAUCACUGACUUCGUCUUUUUCCAUAACUGAUGCCAACAAUGAGGUCAUUUGCCCUCUGAGCAAUCAGGAUGGUUCCAACUGCCGCAAAAGGUGCCUCGGCGAAAAACGUUAUCGCUCUAUGCAGGAGCAUAUCCGUCGAGCUCAUCCCGAGCACUACAUCUCGAAGCUGCCCGCCACCGAAGAGAGCUUCCUGCUAAUGGUCAAUACGCCGCCUUCCGAACGCCCACCCACCGAUUCAAGUCCAGCUUCUUCUGCCCAAGGCUUCCGUCAACGCCAAACCGACUAUCGACACAAUUCCGCUGGCCCGGUCACCCCCAGACAUUCCGAUGAAUUCUCAAACGGCCCGACAAACCAUAUGCUCGGGGCGGCCACAGCUGCCGCUGUCCUCGCCGAGCUUCACGGCGUCAAGUCCGAGCGAGAAAUGGACAUGGACGGAGGCUAUCACUCGGACUUGGAUGGCCGCCGCAUCCCUCAAACUUCCAUCGAGCUGCCGCCGCUCCACCACCUUUCCAACCAUGAUGUCACCAGCGACCCCUACUCCAACCGCCACCUCCCCUCGCUUCUGUCCGGCUCACCACCCGGUCGCUCCUCGACCCUGCCGCCGUUGCAGCGCCCCAUGGGGCCCAACCGCCCUCGCAAGCAGUCUGUCACUAAACGCGGCAAAGACGGCCACACCAAAAAGAAUUCCCGCGGCUCCGCCGCUGAAUGGCUGAGGCGCAUCCAAAACGAUGACCGCGUCAGACCUGGCGACCGUAAGGCGUUGUCCGUCGAGCCCUCAAUGGACUUUGGCAAGCGCUGGGAAGACCUCAUUGAUGCCGCCGACCAGGCAGCCUCUGCCGCCGGCGACCUUGAUGAGGACCGCACUCCCAUGCCGCAGUCGCCCGUCUCUAUCCACCGAUCGUCCAUGCCGCCCUUUACCCAGCAGAACCUGCAGCAGAACAACUACCAGGCCUCGCCUCUGCAGCAGGCCUUGACACCGCCAUCGCACAACCAGGACAUCAUCGACCCCUUCCCUAGCGUUGAAAGCGGCGAGAACUUUCACAUGGGCACCAGCGGCCUCUCCGACUCGUCCCCAAGCUACUCGUCUCAGAAUAUUCAAAUCUACUGCGCUGCCUGUCAAGGGAUCUCGGCGCUCAGGGGGUCUUAUGCCUGUACCGAGUGCAUCUGCGGCCUCUGCGCUACCUGCGUCGAGGUCCUCAUGGCUGAACACGGAGCAAGAAGGAAGUGCCCCCGCUGUGCCACCAUCGGCGGCCGGUUCAAGCCUUUUCAGCUCGACAUCCGUUGA